CAUGCUCCCUGGCAGGCGGGGGAGUCCCGUGAAUUCGCUCCAGGCUUGGAAGUCACGGCGGAGAGGAGCCGGCACUGGCGGAUUCCAGGGGGAUCCCUCUUUAAGGGAUCGGGUCAGCGUCCUCUAAGAGCCACAUGAUCACGGGAGUGCCUGGUUGGGCGCCUGAGCUCUCCUCCCGCGGCGCUGCUAAUGCGCAAAGGCGGAAGGCGGCUCGGCUGGGAGCGCGUAAAGAGCGGAGAGGAGCCCGGCGAGGGGAGUUAGACUCGCAGAACAAUGGGCGACAACUCUAAUGUCUGGGUGGGAAGCGCUUUCCUCUUUGUGCAGUCGACGUCGGAAAAGGUCCUUCUGCCCGCUCUCUAUGGAAACCCCCAGAAUAAGCAGAGUGUGUUCAAGGCAUUCAAAUUGGCAUUCGCAGACUCCACCGGGAGCCUAAAUGGGGUGGACGUACUGAAGGUGCACCGCAGCGACCCGCACCUGAUCAUCCAACUCAAAUUCUGCAAGGAGGAAAACUGCCGGAAAUUUCUGCAAAGUUACCGUGCCGGAGCCCUCCGGGACUCUCUCCAGAGGCACCUCAAAGUCUCCACGGGCAGCGCCGUCCCUGUUGAGAUGGAGCUGAAAGCUGGCGCCGAGAAGCUGGACGCCAUGAUCCGGGAAGAGGAGCGGUGCCUGGAUUGCAUCUACCAUGAAAAGCCUAACCGUCUCAGGGAUGAAGAAAUUGCAGAGUUGGAGGAAUCCCUGAAGAGACUGAGUUGUUAUCAAGAAAGCAACGUUGACAGCACUUAUUCAUCUUUGGAUUCUUCACGUCCAUCUUUGGAUUCUUCACCGCCAUCUUUGGAUUCUUUGCCUCCAUCUUACAGUUCUUUAGAGAUUUCAAGGUCUUUGCUGCAGGGGGACAUUUUCACAUUCCAAGACCAGCAAUUUGCCAACCGAAAGAUCACCCCAGACGACCAUCAGAAGUUUGCCAAACUCGUCUCGAAGAAAUGGAAGCAGGUGGGCCGGUCUCUGCAGGCCAAUUGCCGGGCCCUUCGCGAUCCUGUCAUUGACAACUUAGCCCUGGAGUACGAACGGGAGGGCCUCUACGAGCAAGCGUACCAGUUGCUCCGCAGGUUUAUCGACUCGGAGGGCAAGAAAGCCACCAUCCAGAGACUCAUCGCUGCCUUGGAGGAGAACAGCCUCAUCAGCUUAGCCGAGGAACUUCUGGGGCUCCAGCAAAAUGACAAGUCGUAGGGGGAAACCCGGCAAGGGUCUUCCCUCGAGACUACUAGCUGCAUGGCCUUGCCGUCGCGCGCUCCCGUGCACUUACAAAUCUGUUGACUGCACCUUAGUCAUUCGUUGCCAGAUCAACGACGUUGCCUCACCAGCAGCAGGCGCCCCAGAAGAACCCAUGGCAGAAAUGGACCAAAAGGCCGUAUCCUGCAUCAGCGCUGAAAUGUGGAUGUUCUCAGUCGUCUCUCAUCUUCCAAUAGGAUCUUGAGGAAGAUGGCCCAGUCAGGUCUCAGCAGUUUCAGAAUGCAGCAUAAUUGCACACACACCUUUGCCCCCAAGGAUGGAGGGUAUAAGAACAGGAUGAUGUGGGAAACUGGGAGACCGUCUGAGUAACUAAGUAACUGUCAGAAAAGGCCUACUUAAUGAAGGCCUCUUCAGACUUCACUUUCAUCCCUCAUUGGCUGCAGCAUCAACCAAUGACAUGGGUGGGAAUGAGCCAUCCUUAUCAGCCUUAUGCAGGCAUUACAAAAUGGAAAGCCUGGAGGGGCUACGGAGAGGCCCACGCCGGACCCACCCCUCCACCCCGACUUCCCCGUGUUGACCAGGAAAAUCUGGAAGACUGUAAUCAUGUUUGGUUGAACCAGGUUACAGUCCUGACAUGAAUAUAAGAAGAGCCAUGCUGGAUCAGACCAAGGGUCUAUCGAGUCCAGUACUCUGUCUACACAGCUCCCUGUGGGAGACCCGUAAGUAGGCCUUCACUGCAGUAGCACCCUCCCGCCCAUGUUCCUCAGCGUCUGCUGCACAAAGGCGUACUGCCUCUGAGGUAGCGUAUGGUCAUCAGUAGCCAUUGAACGCCUUCUCCAGGAAUUUGCCUCAUCCUCUUUUAAAGCCAACCAAGUGGGUGGCCAUCCUUACUUCUUAUGGUGGCCAAUUCCUUGGUUUAACUACAUGAUGUGUGAAGAAGUCCUUCAUUUUGUCAGCCCUGAACCCUCCACCAAGUAGCUUCAUGGGAGUGACCCCACUGAGUUCAAGUAUUGUGGGAGAGGGAGAAAAAUGUCUCUCUGUCCGCUUUCUCCACACUGUGCAUACCCUAUCAUGUCUCGCCUUUUUCUCCAAGCUCAACAAUCCCAGCUGUUGUAACUUCCCUCACAGGGACAUUGCUCCAGCCCCUCGACCACUUUGGUUGCUCUUUUCUGUCUUCUGGGCCCUCACACAUGCCCUCUUCACGUUUUCGUUUUGCAACGGCUGCAUAUGGCUCCUAUCCAGUGUGAACACAACCUCAAACACAGCGCUUUCCAGUGGAUCCAUUUCACACGUUCAGUGGUGAGUCAUUGAGUGAUCAACAUGUCCUAAACUGACUUGCUGCUGAAAGGGGGAAGUGAGUCCCCUGGGAAAGUUUGUGUUUGAGGUGCUGGGAAGACUUUUGCGGAGGAUGAUAUUAUACCUGUGAGGGAUCAUUUUUACCUGCGAGUCCUCACCUGAUGCUGUGAUACCACAACUGAAAAUGUUUGUGUCCACUAGCUCUAGGUGGCAUUCAUACGAACAGACUGCAUCGACAUUUUGCACCUCAUGGGGUUAUUCAGGAGUGUCAUACCUAAUCUGCAUUUACGUGGCGUUUAGGUCACCCGCAUCGCCUUGCAGAAAGGAUCAGCCUUCGUGACGCUGUUUCUGCACUCCAGCGUGCUUCCACACUAGGCAUUUAUUCUAGAAUUGCCAUGCUCCGUUCAUUCGCUUUUCACAGGUCAUCCACACGGGACCUUCUUGGCCUUUAGCAUCUGCAUCACGUCACUGGUAUGUACAGAAUAUAGCAGGAUGACCGUACAAGAAAAGGACAAUGUCCCUGAGAAGUGUGUGGGUAAAGUUGCAAUCCUCCAUGUAACUUACAGCAAUAAAGCAGUGAUUUAGUGCUAGCAGCUGCCUGCCUGGAAGCAGGAAGGUUGCUGAUGACAACUGUUUCCCUCGGAUCCUGCAAUCAUUUCUUUAAGGGCUUGAAUAAUGAAUAUUCAUUCAGCGUUCCAAGCUGCAUAUACAACAUUCCACCCUUGUGCUCAGGGUUAAUUCAAUCAGAAUACAGCCCUUGUUUUAGUAUUCAUAAUCACUAUGGAUCCAGACUUAGAGUAGGCCCAUUGAAAUCAAUGGGACUUGCGUUCAUAAUGACUGAGAGGUUUAAAAUAGAAUUUCUCGGAAUUGGCCGAGCUUCUGCCAGCUUAGCCAUUAACGAGGAUGCAGCAUUUAGGGGAAGCCCCGAACUCUUGGACACAGCCAUCUCGCGAUACAUAUUUUAGGAUGUUAGAAGCCUGAACGCUUUGGGGAGGGCAGGUGAGAGUUAGUGCUGCAAUUUGCAUUUUACUCAAACCAAGCACAGGGUAGAAGCGUGCAUAUGCAACCCUGUUACCUUUUAAAAAAGUAAAAAAUUGCAAAAGGAGAGGUGAGCCCCAGAUCAGUGGCUUAGUUCAGACACGUUUCUCAGCGGUGGCUUUAGAAGUCCACGGUGGAGUUUUUACACCAUCGUUGAGAAAUAUGUUGUCCGGUGGGAAAACUCCACCCCACAGUGGAGAUUUUUGGGGAAACACUCCAUGCAGAAUAUAUACACUGUGCAGAGGAGAGUUCCUGCACAACCAUUGUGUUGUGUGGAGGGCUGCAUGGAGUUUUCCGUUGCGUUGAGUUGACUCUUCUCACUAGCUACAGAGUAUGCUGGCAAGAACAGUGAAAGAAGCGAGUGCAGCUCUAGGAGAGCUGCCGGGAUUGAUUUUUCCCCCAGCAAUGGCUGAUUCAUCAUCGGGAGAACCAGGGGAGGAGAGAGGGCAGAGAAACUGUCAAUCAAAUGUCACGAUGGAUUUUACUCAACUCCACUGUAGCCCACAGUCACACAACGGUGGAGUUAGAACAUGUUGGGUGGGGAUGCACCCCCUAGAAACAGAACAUGUUGACUAAACUGAGCCAACGCCUGAUGGAGAAUUCAUUAUUCAAAGCACACGGUUGCUAAAUUUGUCAUCAGUCCUCAAUAUGAGGUUUGCUGUGCCUUUUGUUUAUUGGGGGCACCUUUUGCUGCUGCUGGUGCCAGCCUUUUUGCCUUUUGAAACUAGCAUGUGUCUUUUUCUUGCAUUUGAUCUUUGCUCAUGCAUCCUUGUGAUAUAGUAAUACCUAUACAUUGUCAUGUUCAUGAGUAUAUUGGCACUAUUACAUACAUACACACUCCUGGAAGCCAUCCUUGAAAAGUAAAAUUCACUUAAUGUGAAGACUCAAAUCAUCUUUACACUUCUGGAGGGCGCCCACUUGGGGAAGUCUGACUUAAUGCAUUGUGGGAAACGCUACAGUGGGAAACCCGCGUUCCAAGGCCUAUGGGUGUGGAGUCCCCAACAUGCCUCCCAUCUAGGCUCUAAGCAGAUCUGCCUAGCUUUAGGAAGACACAGUGCCUACCUGAAAAACGACCAUUACAUUGCAAUAAAUUUCAUAUAAGCCAAUACAUUUGCAAAGCACUUUUUGUACUUGCCUUGCAUUUGAAAUGUAGGUUGACAUGGUACAGUGCCACAUUAAUGGGAAAAGCAAUAUAUUACUACAUGAUCUUUCUAAUAGGCACUAAUUUUUAAUACUGUAACUUGCAUCCUUUGAUUGUUUUGCUUGACGUGAUAACACUUAACCUUAACACACAUGCACUGGCAAUAGUAGAACUGAUUUGUGUCAAGUUUCAAAAAGCUGUUAUUUUUAAACUUGCGCCAGACAAGGCAAAAAUCAA